GGGGGUGGGCUUGUCGCAGUGUCCGGCGUGCUCGCCGCUGACAAGAGCGUGGAGAUGCCUGCCUGGGGGCUGAACGGGGGGAGAGGCGCUCCCCAAGAUCGCCUCCCCCUACCCCCGCGGCCAUGGCGGACUGCUUAGCGCGCGAGCCCCCGCGCUGAAAAGUUGCCGCUGCCAUCCGCAUCCCCGUCAUGAGGAAGGGUCGCUCACGGGGAGAGAAAGCGGGACCCUCGGGGCUCUCGGUUCCCAGGAGCCUGGAGCAGCCCACCCGGGUCCCCCUAGAUGCUUCAAAGAGAAGAGCCUAUGCCGCGGCCGGGAGUGUGAGGGAAGCGGAAGAAGCGGGUCCAGGCAGCGCCGCCUGCAGGGAGCCGCCAGAAAAGGAUGUUGUAACAGAAUCCAUUUCUUUGCGCUGCCGAAAAUUCAGCAACCCUGACAUCCUUUCAUCUACUGGAAAAAGUAAACUCCAUCGUCAACUGAGUCAGGAUGACUGCAAGCUGCGGAGAGGUAGUUUAGCCAGCUCUUUGUCAGGAAAGCAGUUGCUUCCAUUAUCCACAAGUAUGCACAGUGGAGUGGCACACUCAAUAGGGCAGCCAUCUGGAGAAUCAUCAAAUCUGGUCCGCAUGAGAAAUCAAUCACUGGGACAAUCUGCCCCAUCACUUACAGCUGGUUUGAAAGAACUUAGUCUCCCUAGAAGAGGAAGUUUAAUCUCCUCUCCUUUCCUCUCCCACUGCCGAGGAAGCGAUGUCCAUCAACAUGUGUUCUCCCCUACAUCUGCUCCAGGUCUGCAACAUCUUAAAAUUCCACUUAGUGCUGAUUGUGCCCUUGCAACCUCUCCUCUAGUAUUUUACCUCAGUCCACAACCUCAGAGCAACCCUGGUAGUCCUUGCUACAGCAGUCCACUUCAGUGGAGCUGUCGAACCAGUAAUAGAAAAAGCUUGAUUGUAACCUCUAGCACAUCUCCAACUCUUCCACGGCCACAUUCUCCACUUCAUGGACAUGCAGCAGGUGGAAGUCCACUGGACAGUCCCAGAAAUUUUUCUCCAAAUGCACCAUCUCACUUUUCCUUUGUUCCUGCCCGUAGCCAUGGACACAGGGCAGACAGGACAGAUGGGCGCCGUUGGUCCUUGGCCUCCCUCCCUUCAUCUGGAUAUGGAACCAACACUCCAAGUUCAACUGUUUCAUCAUCUUGCUCAUCUCAGGAGAAGCUACACCAGCUGCCCUAUCAACCAACAGCUGAUGAACUUCACUUUCUGACAAAGCACUUCAGCACAGAGAGCAUCACUGACGAGGAAGGAAGGCAUUCUCCAGCAAUGCGGCCCCGAUCGCGUAGCCUGAGCCCUGGUCGUUCUCCAGUGUCCUUUGAUAGUGAAAUAGUGAUGAUGAACCAUGUAUACAAAGAAAGAUUUCCAAAGGCCACAGCUCAGAUGGAGGAACGGCUGGCUGAACUUAUUGCAUCCAGUGCACCCGAAAAUGUGUUGCAACUAGCAGAUGGGGUCCUAAGCUUUAUUCAUCAUCAAGUUAUUGAGUUGGCCAGAGAUUGCCUGGAUAAAUCACGUGAAGGACUUAUUACUUCUCGGUAUUUUUAUGAGUUGCAGGAAAACCUUGAAAAAUUGCUUCAGGAUGCUCAUGAGCGAUCAGAAAGUUCUGAUGUGGCAUUUGUUACCCAACUGGUGAAAAAGUUGAUGAUCGUCAUUGCACGGCCAGCGAGGUUGCUUGAAUGUCUGGAAUUUGAUCCUGAAGAGUUCUACCAUCUGCUAGAAGCUGCUGAAGGCCAUGCCAAAGAAGGGGGAGGAAUUAAAUGUGACAUCCCUCGUUAUAUUAUAUGCCAGCUGGGCCUUACUAGGGAUCCCUUGGAGGAAAUGGCCCAGUUGAAUAGCUGUGAUAGUCCAGAUACCCCAGAGACAGAUGAUUCUGCUGAAGGAAAGAGUCGGGGAGCUAUUGUGCAAGCCAAGAAAACACCAUCAGAAGAAGAAUUUGAAACUAUUAAACUGAUCAGUAAUGGGGCAUAUGGUGCAGUGUUCCUGGUGCGCCACAGGAGUACCCGGCAACGUUUUGCAAUGAAGAAGAUUAAUAAGCAGAACCUUAUUUUGAGGAACCAAAUUCAGCAAGCUUUUGUGGAGAGGGAUAUCCUAACUUUUGCAGAAAAUCCUUUUGUUGUCAGCAUGUUUUGCUCCUUUGAAACCAAGCGGCAUCUUUGCAUGGUCAUGGAGUAUGUGGAAGGAGGGGAUUGUGCAACUCUUUUGAAGAACAUUGGAGCUUUGCCUGUAGAUAUGGCAAGAAUGUAUUUUGCAGAAACGGUACUGGCACUGGAAUAUCUCCACAAUUAUGGCAUUGUCCACCGUGAUCUAAAGCCUGACAAUCUUCUCAUAACUUCAAUGGGUCACAUCAAGUUGACUGAUUUUGGCCUCUCCAAAAUUGGUUUAAUGAGUUUGACAACUAAUCUGUAUGAAGGUCAUAUUGAGAAAGAUGCCAGAGAAUUCUUGGAUAAGCAAGUAUGUGGGACUCCAGAAUACAUUGCCCCUGAAGUAAUCUUGCGACAAGGUUAUGGAAAGCCUGUGGACUGGUGGGCCAUGGGAAUAAUCUUGUAUGAAUUUCUAGUUGGUUGUGCUCCUUUUUUUGGCGACACCCCAGAAGAGUUAUUUGGGCAAGUUAUCAGUGAUGAAAUUGUCUGGCCAGAAGGAGAUGAAGCUUUACCACCAGAUGCCCAGGACUUGAUUGGUAAACUCCUACGACAAAACCCUUUGGAAAGAUUGGGAACAGGUAGUGCUUUUGAGGUGAAACAACACAGGUUCUUCAAAGACUUAGACUGGAAUGGAUUACUACGGCAAAAAGCAGAAUUUAUCCCACAGUUAGAAUCAGAAGAUGAUACUAGUUAUUUUGACACUCGUACUGAGCGAUAUCAGCACUUAGAUUCUGAGGAGGAGGAAGACACAAAUGAUGAUGAUCAUGUGGAAAUUAGACAGUUUUCCUCAUGUUCACCUAGAUUUAGCAAGGUAUAUAGCAGUAUGGAACGUCUUUCCAUCCAUGAAGAGAGAAAAACACCACCGCCUACCAAGCGGAGCUUCAGUGAAGAAAAGGAUGACAGACUUGAUAGCCUUGUGGGCUUGAAGAAUCGAGACCGCAGCUGGGUGAUUGGAUCCCCUGAAAUACUGCGUAAACAUAUCUCAGUGUCUGAAUCCUCUCAUACGGAGAGUGACUCCAGCCCACCCCUGACUGUCCGUCGGCAUCGUUCUGGGUUUCUCGAAAUGCCUCGUUUUGCCAUUUCGGCUGAGGAAGAAGGAAAGAAGAAGCCGUUGGAUGGGACAUCUUUGCCUCUGACACAGCCACGGGAAGGUCUCCCUUACCUCAUUCCAGAACAGCCUAUAAAAAGGGAACUCCAGCUGGGCGAUAAUGAUGGACUAAAAACUCCUUCAACUGCCAGUAGUAUGAGCAGCUCAACAUUAACAGGUGGGAACACUACAGAUGUCUCAGACCAUUGUAAUCGCAGUAACAGCAGUGAAAGUCCAGACUUUAUGACUCCCAAAGCUACAAGUGACCUGGCUGUGCGGCGAGCUCGGCACCGGCUGCUUUCGGGCGAUUCUGGGGAAAAGCGGACCUCGCCACGGCCUGUCAAUAAAGUGAUCAAGUCAGCAUCAGCCACUGCCCUCUCCCUCUUGAUCCCCUCAGAACACCAUACCUGUUCGCCAUUGGCUAGUCCAAUGUCACCUCAUUCUCUCUCCUCCAACCCAUCUUCAAGAGACUCAUCUCCAAGCCGAGACUAUUCUCCUGCUGUUGUGAAUCCUAAACCACCAAUCAUCAUCCAUCGAGCUGGAAAGAAAUAUGGCUUUACACUUCGGGCAAUUAGAGUCUACAUGGGGAACAGUGAUAUCUAUUCAGUGCAUCACAUGGUCUGGCAUGUGGAAGAAGGUGGUCCUGCAAGUGAGGCUGGUCUAAGAGAAGGAGACUUGAUAACUCAUGUGAAUGGAGAGCCUGUACAUGGAUUGGUUCAUACAGAAGUGGUGGAGUUGGUCCUGAAGAGUGGAAAUAAAGUGUCCAUAUCCACUACACCUUUUGAGAACACAUCAAUCAAAGUGGGGCCAGCUCGGAAGGCCAGUUAUAAAUCGAAAAUGGCUAGAAGGAACAAGAAAAGCAAAACAAAAGAUGGGCAGGAAAGUAAGAAGAAGAGCUCGCUAUUCAGGAAGAUUACCAAACAGGCCUCCCUGCUUCAUACAAGCAGAAGUUUAUCUUCCCUCAGCCGUUCUCUGUCAUCUGGGGAAAGUGUUCCUGGUUCACCUACACACAAUCUCUCUCCUCGUUCACCCACACAGAGUUACCGGUCUACUCCUGAGUCUGCACAUUUAGUUGGUGGAAACUCUUCUCAGAGCAGUUCACCUGGUUCCAGUGUUCCCAAUUCUCCAGCUAGUUCAGGGCAUAUCAGGCCGAGUUCAUUGCAUGGGCUAGCACCAAAACUUCAGCGACAAUAUCGAUCUCCAAGACGUAAAUCAGCUGGAAACAUUCCUCUUUCACCACUAGCUCAUACACCCUCACCCACUCCACAAUCCACAUCACCUCAACGUUCCCCUUCUCCUUUGCCAGGGCAUUCAGUCAGCAGUUCAAGUAUCAUGCAGUCUUUCCCUGUAAAGUUACAUUCCUCCCCACCUCUGGCUCGCCAGAUUUCAAGGCCGAAGAGUGCUGAACCACCCAGAUCACCUCUACUGAAAAGAGUCCAGUCGGCUGAGAAACUGACCUCUUCUCUGUCUUCCUCAGAAAAAAAGCUGUCCUCUUCACGUAAGCAUAGCUUGGAUAUUUCCCAUUCUGAAUUCAAAAAGGACAUGCUCCAGAGAGAUCCAGGUCUCCAAAGUUGGCAGGAAUCAGUAAAUGAAACAUCUGGAGGUAAAGUUGGGCCAGCAGAAAAAGGGUCACUCCAGAAACCUUCUUCCCGGAAACUUGGGGCCAUUCGGCAGGAUAGGGUAGAAAGAAGGGAAUCUCUACAGAAGCAGGAGGCCAUUACAGAAGUAGAUUCUUCUGAAGAUGAAACUGAUGAAGGGUCAGAAGAUAGUCAAGAUGGGAAACGAUUGGACAGGGCACCCUUCAUUAGAGAGCACCAAUUUUGUAGUUCUUUUACUGAGGAUGUGAAGCAUUGUUCCAGAUUAGAAAGCAAAGAUAGCAUGGAAGACGAUGCUUUUCUUCCUGAGGAACCAAAAAUGGGUAAUGUGCAGAAUGAGGUAAAUCAGCCACAACAAAAGGAUGUGGAAAGGGCAUUGUUGACUGGCAUAAAUGAGUCCCAGUCUGAAGUUUGUGCAAUAACUUCCUCUAUAGGAAAACCCGAGGACUGUGAACCAACACAGCUAAUAUCAGAAUCCAAAACAGCAUCAGAGUCACUACAAGGUAAGAAAGUUGUUGUUCAACAGGACACCUGUGUUAAAAAUACUAAAGAUCCUAAGGAAAUACUGAUUAUCCAAAAAGGUACAGAUGGUCCAGAGCAGAUGAAGUGCUUCCCAGUGAGAUUCCUACAACUUGGUCAAGGUGACUGCUCAGAAAUAGCAAGUCACAAAGAUAAUACAAAGGAAUCUGCUUCUGAAGAAGCCACCUAUCUAUUGUUUCAUGAUCAAAUGCCUUUGUUAGCACUUUCUUCUUCUUCUUCUUCUUCUUGCACAACGAACACAAGCUCUCUUCCACUAGUAGGCCAAAUAGACUGCAAAGACACACCUCAGAAUCAGGAAUACCAUACUAUGAAGGAGAAUGCUAGUACUGAGAAUCUGACAAACAUUGGCAAAGCAUUUGAACAAAUGUCUCCUAAAGUUGAAGAACAAGUGUUGUCUUCUGUAGUGGGAAUUUCAAAACACAAAAGUCACACAAGUGAUAAAAACCUAAGUUGUCCUAUAGGAAGCACAACUUUUAUACUUGAUGCCUCAAUUGAAAGUAGAAAAACAGUUUGUCCAGCUCAUUUGACAAGUGCAAACAGUACAUUGAGUGCAGUGGGACUGAACAUCUCUAACUCAAUAAAAGUAGAAAAAAAUAGAAAAGAUAAAUGUCUGUCCAAGCAAGAAUUACAGGAGAUACCACUGGAAGAUCUGGAUCCAGAAUCACCCAAAACUUUCAAUAUAGGUGGUCUCAUUAAAAUUUGUGAUUCUCACAUUACAUCAGAAAGUCCACUUUCUUGGGAGUCAGAAUGUCAGGUAAUACCAAAAGAGAAGUCACAGCCUGGUGUUUCUGAUGCUUCUGAAAUUUUGGAAGAGAGAUGGCAACUACCUCCACUUGAAGAUAAAGCAGAUGGGAAAUGGAGAGUGAUAGGACCAGAUGAUAGUUUGAGUUCUAAAAAGGAGACUGCUCUAAUGCCAGGAAAAACCAGUGAGGCUGGAGGCCAGUCACAAACAAAAGACUUCCCGUUGUCAAAAUCUGAUGCUGCGAAAAAGAAUAUAGCAGCAUCUCCAUUCAGAAACAAAGACAACAUUAGUUGAACUCAAAUAUAAAUCAAGAAACCUGUACAUCUAUUUUUUGUAGAUUUGUGUUUCAUAUUCUUGCCUUUUUCAUUGCAAUUCUAUUUUUGUACACAGCGUUUGCCAUUUGAUCCCUCUUUACAGGGUAUCUUUAAAGCAGAAUUACCCUUCCCUUUUCUUUUAAUGUGGAGCAUCCUGCGCAUUAUCUUUUGAGUGUUUUUCUUUUUUUCCUUAGAAUGUCAGUGAGUUUUAUUUACCAUGCAAGGCUGCUUACUUGAGAAAGAUACAUUUUGACACCAGCUCCAAAUGUUUGUCCUUAUUUCCAGAAUUUAAUUUCUUUACAUUGCUAGGGAUAAGUAAGUAAAUAAAUACUAUUUAUGGAUUCUUCUACAAUUCUUAAUGCCACUGCAUACCUUCUCCCCCACCCCCUAUAUUGUUGUCUCCCACAACUAUUUGUGGAGGAAGCUUUGUUAGUUUAUGCGGUGGAUCAGUAUCUUUUUUAAGCAACUUGUGUUCUUCUCCUCCAUUUUUUUUCCUUUGCCUUAAAAAUGGUAUGACACUCCAUCUUUGGGGAAUUUUUAAUGCUAGUUGCCUUACCAAUCUUUCUUGCUCAGAGCAAGCAAAUAUUUAAAAAGAGGUACAAGGUACUUCCAUUACUGUAGCUCUAAGUGAAUUAGCAGCUCCCUUGCCCGGACACCGCUGGAGAAGGUGAUCAUCUGAGACCAUCCCACCCUACCUGUUGUUUGUGGCUUGGUAGCUCACAGUGGAAACAGUUAAGAUCCAGCAGGAAAGUUCUGAUUUGAUGGGAACAGCUGAUGGGAAAUGCUGUGUUUAUUGGUUAGGGAAGGGCAGAGAUGAACCACUAAAAGCGAAGUAACCCUUACAGCUUCAGUGAGUACUAUUCAGGAAAAAAUCUCCAGUAUCAUACAAAUGAACUCUAUUUUAGUUGCUUAAUUUACCUACUUUUCCAAAAUGCCUAUGCUUUCUUAGAAUCCUUUUGAUACCUUCUUGAGAGCGCAACAUUGUUUGGUGCUUUUUUUUUUGAAGACAGCUAAGUCUAUAACCCUGCACUGAUACUAUACACACAGUAAAGCAAUAGAACAUUUCAAGACUAUUACUUAUAGUUUAAAGGCAAAAAGUAGGUAUUUCAACCCCCCCAAUACUUGUGAAUUUAACUCAUAGUCUCUUGUAACAGAAUAUAUCUGUAGUUGUGAACAGACAAAAUAGUUACUUGUAUAGUCUGAUAGUCUACAUAUGAAGUGAUCACACAAUGUAUGAAAGAAUUCUCAAAGGCAAACACUGUAGUUAAUUACAGUACAACUUCAUUAUUCUGCCAUGUUGCAGAUACCAACUCUCUUCUUGCGCCAUUUCUUUUCCAAAUCAGUAUUUACUAUUUAAUUAGGAACAUUCUCUUUAAACAUUAUUUACUUCAUCAUUACAUUUCAAGUAUCUUGAACUUUUCUGCUCACCCCCUUCCAAUAUUUAGUGCUUAACCUUAGACUUUUUUUGUUUUCAGUUUUGGACCAACUUAUUUUUGAGCUGGGAUUGUUUUAACGUUAACCACUCUGAAUGUGUGAUGUGUGCUUGAAUGGGUGUAAAAGAAGAAACAUUCUCUGUAUGUGGCAGUGCUAUCAAAAACAUCCAUUGGCUUUUUCAUAUAUUAACUUGAAGCUUCUGAAUUUCACCAAUAAGAUUACUCGUAAUAAUCUCAUGCGAUACGAUUAUCUGGUUUAUCCUGCCACUUAUGCAGAUAAAUAACCUUAUGCACUGUCCUCCAGGUCUAUGUUUUACCAUCCUUUUCUGUGUUUUACAAUCCUGUUACUCUGCUGCACUGCUCUCCAGUAGACAAAUAUGUUUAGAAAAAGGGGAUGGUUGCUAAUACGAAUUGAUGACUUAGCCACUUAGAACUUGAAUAAUGUAAAACAACAUCAACAACAAACCUUAAUGUCUGAUUUACACUAUAUUAAUUUGAGGCCUGGGUCAAAUAAUGUACUUCGUAGCACUAGUAUACACAAAAACAGCCAAAGGAUUUGCAUCUCUAGCUUAGCCUAUAUAGGCUAGCAUGUGUAUGUCUUACUACCUUUUUCAUAUGCCUAUUGUACUAUAACCAGGAAACCUCUUAAAGGCUGCAGAAGCCAUUUUCUUGUACUGCUACUUUUCCAGCUAUGGAUCUAUAUUAAUAACAUUAGAGACAAAAAGGAAGGAAGUUCCAUUUAAACCCCAUAGCAGAGAGAGAGAGAGAAGUUCAUGACAAUCAUGAUGACACAGAGAGCAAAAUUCAGUAUCUUAAAAGCACUUGCAGACAUCAAGCCUGCAGGAGGUGGUGUGUAAUGGAUGGAUAGAAACUAUUACCAUAUUGAGGGAAAAGAGAUACUAUCUAUUUAUACUCCAGUUAAACCAUUUGGUUAGCCAAGAUUCCAUGUUUUAUGAAUGAUUAAAAAUUCUAUUUUAGGCAUAGGAUACAUGCAAAAGCCAUCUUAAUAUACUGUUUGUCCAGUUUCUCUUUCAGUUUGGAUAUCUAAAGUUCUUUUUUUUUUCCCCUCAUAAAACUUUUCAUAUCCAGCUGAUGUAUUCCUUGACAAUGCUUCACAGAAUCUAAGAUUACCAGAUUGAUAUUUAGUGUAAAUAUUAGAUUUUUAGCUUUGCUAAAAACCACUUCUGGGGAAGGAUGCCUAAGGUUUUGUGGUGGUGGUUAUGCUACAAGAAUGGUCACCAUACAACAGGGUAAGAGGAAUGACUUGUGAGGUUUUUUCCUCAUUAGCACUGAAUUAAGAUGUGAUUUGGAAUUUUUGUUUGUUAUUUCCUGUGGGGGGAAUAUAUAGUCUUUCUCCAGUUCUGUCUUACUGGACAUGAAGGAUAAUGCCGUACUUCUAGUAGAUGAUUUUACAGCUCUGUGUGUGUUUACACUGUGUGUUGAUUUUGGUUGUUUUGGAGGAUGUGAACACAGUUCCAUGCUGGGUUCUGUUUUCAAGCUUGAAAUCUGGCAAGCAGAGGAUGAUGUGGAAUAGAACUGUUUUAGAAACUUGAAUAAUUGCCAUAUUAUAUAGGUGCAAUAAUUUUUAUCCAUGUUGUACCUGCAUGUUGAUGUUCAAAUACUCUGAAAUACACUUCAUUUUUUACAUAAA